AAACUGCCGGCUUUCAAAUCCUCCGCCUCCCAUAACGCCAUCGUCUUCGUAGGCUUGGGGCUGCGGUAGCGGCUGCAACGUGACAGGCUGGAACCCGGCGCUUUCGCAGCACCCUUCCCAACUGGUAAUCAGUAAAGGUUGACACAAUCCAAAAAAAUGGCAUCAGAAGACAUUUCUAAGCUGGCAGAGUCCUUAGCUAAAACUCAGGUGGGCGGAGGGCAGCUGAGCUUCAAAGGCAAGAGUCUGAAACUCAAUACCGCAGAAGAUGCCGAAGAGGUGAUUAAAGAGAUUGAGGAGUUUGAUGGCCUGGAAGCACUACGCCUCGAAGGCAACACUGUGGGGGUGGAGGCAGCAAAGGUCAUUGCCAAGGCUCUGGAGAAGAAAUCUCAGCUCAAGAGAUGUCAUUGGAGUGAUAUGUUCACCGGGAGACUUCGAUCUGAAAUUCCCCCUGCUCUGAUCGCACUUGGAGAGGCCAUUGUUUCUGCUGGCUGCCAGCUUACAGAGCUGGAUCUGAGUGACAAUGCCUUUGGACCAGAUGGAGUGCGUGGGUUUGAGGCACUUCUGAAAAGCCCUGCCUGUUUCACCCUGCAGGAACUCAAGCUAAACAAUUGUGGCAUGGGCAUUGGUGGUGGCAAGAUCUUGGCUGCAGCUUUGAAAGAGUGUCACAGGAAAUCAAGUGUUCAAGGAAAGCCUUUGGCGCUGAAAGUAUUUGUGGCUGGCAGGAACCGCCUGGAAAAUGAUGGUGCAACAGCUCUUGCUGAGGCAUUCAGUGUUAUUGGGACUCUGGAAGAAGUUCACAUGCCACAAAAUGGAAUCAACCAUCCAGGAAUUACAGCCUUAGCUGAGGCUUUUGCUGUCAAUCCCUUGCUGAGGGUGAUCAACCUGAACGAUAACACUUUUACAGAGAAGGGAGCUGUGGCUAUGGCAGAGACCCUCAAGAAACUCAGACAAGUGGAAGUGAUCAACUUUGGUGACUGCCUAGUACGUUCCAAGGGUGCUGUUGCCAUUGCUGAAGCUGUUAAUGAAGGACUCCAUAAGUUAAAGGAACUCAACUUGUCUUUCUGUGAAAUCAAGCGAGAUGCUGCUCUAAUUAUUGCUGAGGCUACUGAGGACAAGUCGGAGCUACAGAAGCUGGAUCUCAAUGGGAAUUGUUUUGGAGAGGAGGGCUGUGAGCAGCUCCAAGAGAUCCUUGAAGGCUUCAACAUGGCAGAAGUGCUUGGAUCUCUGAGUGAUGAUGAUGGAGAAGAUGAUGACGAUGAUGAAGAUGACGACGAUGAAGAGGAGGAGGAAGAGGAGGAGGAAGAGGAAGAGGAGGAAGAAGAAGAGCCAACUCAGUUGCAGGAGAGAGGCCAGGGAGAGCAAGAAUCACUGACGCCUAAAAAAAUCUUGGAGGCACAUGAUUCUACUCCAGUGGUUUCUCCUUCUCUCCCUCCUGUGGAUGUUGGCACUUUUCUUGCUUUUCCAUCCCCAGAGAAACUGUUGCGACUAGGCCCUAAAUGCUCCACCUUAAUAGCGCAGCAGACAGACACAUCUGACACAGAGAAAGUUGUUACGGUUUUUCUGAAGAUAUCUUCUGUGUUCAAAGAUGAGCCAACAGUAAAAUCAGCAGUGAAUGAAACAACAGAUGCCAUGAUGAGAGAAGCUUUUUCAUCAGCUACCUUCAAUUCUGACGCUUUCAUUACCAGCCUCCUGAUUCACAUGGGUUUGCUCAAGAGCGAAGAGAAGAUCAAGGCUGUACCAAGCCUUUAUGGCCCUUUGAUGACUCUGAACCACAUGGUCCAGCAGGAUUAUUUCCCUAAAUCUCUUGUGCCAGUUCUUUUGGCCUUUGUUACAAAACCCAAUCAUGCUUUGGAUUCCUGUUCCUUUGCCCGCCACUUGCUCUUACAAACCCUCCACCAGCUGUAAUACACAGGAAGCUGUUUCCCUCACAUUAUAGGACUGCCAUCAGAGUGCUUGAGAUGGAGAGCAGAUAAAGACAACGGGACUUACGGAUAAAACAUUCUGCCUCUCUGGACACCAGGAUGUCUGGCCACCUACUGCUAUCUAAAGCUUUGAGGAAGUCUGCCAUGUGCUUUUUUUUAAAAAAACGUGUUCGUGGUUUUUUUGAGGGGGCUGUGUGUUUUUAAGCUCUCUUUUUUCGAAAGUGAACUCUGCCUUUCCCAGUGUAAAUACUUUGUUGUUUUCCUACAUCCCCCUUUCUCUGAGGUUUGUCUUCCCUCAGCUUUUCUGCAUUUUGUUUAGCUGAAACUUCUGUUUCCAAAUUCAGGGCUUUGGACUCACUAAAUGGCUUAAAUUGAACUGUUUGUCAGAGGACCACCUCUCAUGGGGUAACAGAAAAUCUUGACGAUAACUUUUUUACUGCACUGUCCUAUGAGCUUUGGGGGAGCAAUUCUUCCAGCUCUAGGCCAGCACGAGGUAUAAAGCAGUGUCACUAUUUUUGCUGUUUCUCAGAAAUUUAGGUUAUUAUAUUGUGUGGACCAUGACAUAUAUUCCUAUUUGGGGAUAUUUCAUUGGUUGUUGGAUCAUCAUGAGUGAGCCUUCCCCAUUAGUCACUGAUGUUUCUCAUUGAAAUGACUGAUUCUGGUGGCCUGCAAGAAAACUGCUAGUAAUAUUUCUAAGCAUAAACGCUCUCAAUUAAAAUAGGUUUGGUUCAGUAUAAGAAAAAUCAAUAUUGACUCUCCUUGGAAUCAUUCUGUUCAUAUUUUGUCUUAUACCUUGAGUAAAGAAAGUGAUUGUGUUUGGAUUGUUAGAAGCAGAAAUUUGACUCAUUGGACAGUGCAGAAAUGGAAAUAAGCAACCCUUCAUAAAAUUCAACAAUACUGCCAUUUUUAAUUACUUUUUAGUUCAGAUUUUGUUGUCCAGGUUAUUUAUUUUAAAACACAUUACCUUGAAGCCAAGCUUGAAUCAUUAAAAAAUAAAGCGAAUAACAUCUA